AUGAAAAUAUUUUUAACUGUUUUGGUUGUUUGCCUGUUGGCCCUUUGCUCCUGUUUGCCGGUUGAACAUGAUUAUAAAAAUACUUUGGCCGCUGUUGAUGCUGGUGCUCAAUACGACGCCGACAAUGUGGAACAUUUGCGUUUAGUCCGACAGUUCUAUGGCGGUUAUGGUGGCUAUCCUGGUGGUUAUGGCGGUUAUGGUGGCGGAUAUCCUGGCGGUUUUGGUGGUGGAUUUGGUGGUUCUCAAUCUUAUGCAUCAUCAUCAUCUUCUGCUGGUGGUGGCGGUUUCGGCAAUUACUACGGCUAA